UGUCAAUAGGUAUGCUGUAGCGCAUUUUUAACGUGAUCCUAACGCCAGCGACCUUUAAUCUAUCAAUCUUAUCUAGGAGUUUUCAGAAUUUUUUUUACUGCUGGGAUCACUAUGUGGAAUUUUCAUAUCUUACUGUCGACAAAAUUAGCUGAAGUUUUGAAAUUCAAACAACCAUUCAGAACACGUAUCUACCAUUUUGCUCUCCAACCCAAGAUGAUUAAAUAUAAUGAGUCAAUAGACCCAGAAGAUCCUCGUCUCGUAAAAGCCGUUGCUCCAGCACAAAAAUGGGAACAUACGGGGUCCAAUUUUGAUGAACUUGUCUCAAGAAUUGUGGGGAUGAUGACCAUUCGAGGCGAAAGAGAGGUGGCUAGAAAUGUAAUGCGCAUGACGUUUAGAGAAAUAAAACUAAUACAGAUGCGGAAAAACAAAAGUAUUGCAAAUAUUUCGGAAAGUAAUGCUACUGUUAUUAAUCCCACUACUGUGAUUCAUGAAGCAGUAAAGAACUGUACACCUUUACUACUGCUACAAUCAGUACCACGUGGUGGUAUUUUGUACAAGGUUCCUGCUCCUCCAGUAUCUUCUUCGGUUGCCACGCAUACUGCAGUGAAAUUUAUUUUGGAUGCAGCUAGAGGAAAGCCACGUGAUCAACGAAUAUGGAUAUCUCUGGCAAACGAAUUUAUGGUGGCUUCACAAAACCAAGGGAAAGCUGUCAAAUACAAGGUUGAAUUACAUAAACAAUGUGAAGAGAAUCGUGCAUAUGCUAAUUUUAGAUCACACUAACUAAUUUCCUUCCAAACUUCGUUUUUCUAUAGAAAUCGUACGCUUGUAAAUAUCCAUUCGUUACAAUAGAUACUUACUUUUAU